AUGGCUUCUACAAAGACUACAUCCCGUGGACACAGAGCUACUGUUCCGUCGGCCCCAGCGAGGAAGAUGUGCCUCUGCUCGCCAAGCACUCAUCCAGGUGCCUUCCGUUGCAGUCUCCAUAGGACUUGCCCCACUUCCUCCGCACCUUCCAAUUCUCAGCUGCACACUCGGAGAUCUGCCAUGAAAAUCUCGCUGGUGAGAAUCGGCAACGUGAAAGGAGGAGAAUGGGUGAAGCGAGCGCUCUCUGCGCUCAUUCGCCCCUCCUCUCAUCAACUACGAAGGAGAAUGGCGUUCCACUCGCAGCCCAGCAGACUCCGCCAUAUGACCACGGCCAAAGACAAGAUCGUUUCCUGAAAGUCUGGCCGUUGUCCGCUAUACACAACUCACGUUUUGCCGGUUGAGUAAAAUGCCACAACAGCUCAUCAGCAUAUUGGCGCGCGGUGUUUUGAUGUAAAGAGUAAACUGAUACUGGAUUUGCAUCGAUAAAUCGGUAUUCAGAGACUUUUUUCUGUUUAUAUGUAAAGUGUAUAUACUAUUCAUUCUCAAUUCCGUUGAUUUUCAGCUAUAAAUGAAUAA